UGUUCCCACGCCUGAUUAUGCCGCCUGUAAAAUUGCAGACCUGACGUGUCAGUGUCGGUCCGUUAUUCAUUCAUCAACAUUCAUCAUGACUGGGAGAGCUAUUCUGUUUGGACUCCUGCUCUUCUGCGUGGCUGCAGAUGCAAAGAACACAGGAUCCCCAAGAAAGCCAUCUUGUCCUGGUACUGAUGAGAUUUUGGCAUGCCCCAUGAACUUGGCCCCUGUUUGUGGUAGUGAUGGACACACAUACGCAAAUGAGUGUACCCUUUGUGUCCACAGACAGACAACAAAGACAAACGUUUUGAUUGUGCACGAUGAAGCCUGCUGACCUGCUUAGCUGCUCCGCAAGUGGAUGUCAUCGGCAGCAAUGUUUCAAUCACAAUAAUCAGAAUGAAUAAUAAAACUUGAUUGACAACGUCAUGAGGUGAACAAAUGUGUUAAAUGUAACUUUUAUAAUGAAGUGAAAGCAUAAAUGAUCGCUUGGAACGUCGUUUACCCAUACUGUAGUACCAAGUAAUACAAAUAUCAGCUUUUGUGUGUAGACACUUGGAGACAAAAGGAUCGAUUUAAUUUGGCAUUGGAUGGAGAGAUACAUCGAGUUAAUUUAUUAUUUGUUUAAAAAGUUAAACUAAUUGAAAACAGUUUUUCAUCUACAAUGAAAAUCUUGGAGGCAAUGAAGGGUACGGCAUCUUGCCCAAGGGCACUUUGACAACUGACAGCCAGGGGCAUGAUUUAAACCACAGACCCUUGGGUUUACUG